AGCGAAGCAGUGCUGCGGAAAGGGAUCAUUUUACUGUUCAUCACCACAGAACGGGCAGCUGCGACACGGUCAAAAGAAAAAAGUCUUGGGACGCACGGAAGCCGUAGAGAGGAAAACCCCCUGACUAGGACUGCCACCGCGCGCUAACGAGCAAGCGACCUGAUUCAAGGGCGCCGCAAGGCUGACACCUGUGCUGCUGUAGCUGACUAAUAAAAUUUAGUGCAUCGUCAACAGAGUUGAACGAAAAAGAUGAUGUUGAAGCCUAAUAUAAACCGCAUGAGGGCGUUCCACCGAAGUCAGCGCAGAGAGGCCGACGAGGUGAAGAUCGACUUGGACGCCCCGCUGGAGUCGAACCUCAACGAGAUUCUCCGCAAUUUAGUGCAGUCGGGUCCGGCUGCCAGAGGCUAUCUACGACCCCUUGUAAAACUGGCACCUGCCAUUGUCCUCAGCCACCAUCGUGACGACAACAAGAUGGGCGCAUGGAACCUACUAAAGAUUUUCCGUUGUUUGAGAGUCUUUCUCGUCGAUGAAGAGACUGAGGUGAAGGCGGAGGCAUUGCGAGUUCUUCGACAUCUGACAGCAUCUGAGUCAACUUUUGAAGUAAUGUGCCGCGCACUCAUACCUUCGCUUGUUGUCAAGUCGUUGGAUAUCGUGCUCGAUAAUAAGGUUGAACGUCUUCAGGCGCUCAGAUUAAUGCGUCGAUGCGCCUCGGUGGCUCCGCUAAAGUUUCCGUUAGAGUUUGCGUACUGCAUUCUCGCUGUUGCUAAUGAUGGCGCCGCUGAACGAGAUAACUUUGCCAAAGCGUGUGUAGCCACAGCAGCUGAACUCUGCAUCGGAAACCCCCAUCUUUGGCUAGCGUCAGGAACGUUUAUGACAUUGGUUCGAUCGGUUCUCAGUUCGAACGUGAGCGAACCUCGAGCAGCUGAAUCGCUUGUUUCAACACUGAUGUACUUUGUAAACAGCCCGAAGACGCGGUAUAUGAUCAAUGCCGAUCUCGGCUUGGAGUACCUGAUCUCACCUUUCACUGACCGAAAUUUUGAGGUUUACCCUGACGACCAGAUGUUUCAUCACGAGCGCGAAAUAAAGGCACGUGUAGCCAUCUGCUCCAUACUGCGUUCAUGGCCCGGCCUCAUCUACUUGUGUAGUGAAAAAAGCGGCUUGACAAAACUUAUUGAACUGCUGAGAGUGCCUGAUACAGAGACGCAACGUUCAGUCAUGGACCUCUUCUUCGAUUUGUUCUGUCUCCAAACACCUGAAUGGACUACGGACUUCCGGAUAGCAUUGUUGGCAGCCGACGACAAAACUGGUCUCCAGCGGGGCUGGUUGCUCUACGAGGGUUUUGUAGCGGCCGAGGGGGCAGACCUGAUACCGCCAAUAUCUCGAUGUGUAAAUUUAUCUUCCUGCUACUUAGCUCUACUUCUUCAGGCUAUGGUAAUGCACGGCCUUCUCGACGCGGUAGCGGAAGCGACCGUCGGAGAUGAAGAACAGGUGUCCAUCCAUGCCACGGUUCUACUGGCAGAACUAUUGCACAUGUGCAGUCGUCUGUUCCCACACGACGCGAGUCAUAUGUGCCAUCUAUUGCCAGGCCUAAUCGAUGCAACCAUGUCACCAGAUAUGAAUAUUCGUCUCAAAGCUAUAUCGGUUAUCAAUCGAUUGGCCUAUAUCGAGAAAUUCAAGUGUAUGACUAUCGGGGUGCCAACGUCGUUAAACCUAGACCAGCAGCUUCUGUUUUGUCAACAGGCGAAAAGUGGACGUAGCUCUGCCGAAGCGCAAUCAGUUUCGUCGCAGUCGAUAAAAAGCGAUACGCUCAAACGGAAGAAAACCCAGCGAAAAACCAAUACGCAAAGUCCCGUUCUUGACAAUCUCUUUCUGAAGUCAGGAGUCUCUGGGACGGAAUUCGAGUGGGAUGUUGUCAAGUGUCUAUUGAAACAUCCGGAAUUCGAGGAUGAUCCCCAGGCAGUAGGAUUUUUAGAAAAACUCGUUGCAUUUUACAUGCCGUCAAAUCGACAGUUUUCAGCGAUCGAAACCGAGCGUGAGCAGGCUCGAAACAUGUGCUCCGCACUUCUCGUACUGACGGAUUUUUUCCUUGAAAAACUGCCUGAUAACUAUUUGCUUGACGAUCUCGUCACUGAUGUCUGUAACUGUUUGAAACAAAUUCAAGGGGAAAAUAUACCACCGAAUUCGGUGUUAUCUCCGGCCAAAGCUUCUUCCACUCUGAGUCAAGCAUACUUCCUGCUCAUCGGUAGGCUAACCGGAAGCGUACAAGGACUGCACAUAUUGAAAAAGGCCACAAUAUUUGAACAGUUGACGAAACUGCUGGUAACUAGUCCAAGCACGGCCUCAAUGAGCUACAAUGAUGUGUACAUUAAAUUAGCACUAUCGCCUUUGAACUACACCAGCCCAGGACCAAGCCGGGAGCUUUUUAAGCACGUGAUCACCUCGAAUCGUUGUGAAUCGGCCAGAAUCUACUGUGUCAAUUUGCUUCGCAUGCUGAUCCGGUUUCGGCUGAACGAUAUGUCACGAUGGGUUAUCAAACUCUUAGUCGAAUGUUUAUCCGAUGAUAGCGCAGAAACGGCAAUUAAAGCCACAGCCUAUGAAGUUCUUAAUGAGGCCUGCGAUGUAGUGGAUAAUCUUGAUGCGCUGAUCGCCCUCGACCCACAGCUCAAUACCGAAAAUGAAGAUCAAGCCUGGAUGUUACAGUUACGAUAUUUUUCGCGCGCCAAAGGAGUUGCUUUGUUAGAGAAAAAGGGCAUUAUGGAGAGUGAAAUCAACCGCUGGAAGUCACUAGGAGCUCUCAAAUAUGUCAAAUGGGUAGAAGACGUUAUAAACCAGAGUGUCAGCCGACAUCGACGAGGCGCGGAUGGUAAGUACGGCAGGCGGUACAGUGGUGAGCAUAAGCUUCACCGACUGCGUCCUGCGUUCUGUCCUCCGCACCUACUUGGCCAGCUUGCAUCACAUGCGCCCGGUAUCGAUAUCAUAAGAGAAAAGAACCUUGUUGAGCCAUUGUACGAAACGAUUCGCAAGGGCAACGUGGAUACGCCGACGGUGAUAUUCUAUGUGAAGGCAGCCCUUUGGGGUGUAGGUCAUUUGUGCAAGACGCCAGCAGGCCUCAAGCUUGUUCAGGAGCAGGACAUUCUCCAAAAGGUGGUUGAGUUGGCAAAAACGUCGAACGUACUAAGUUUGCGUGGCACAGCAUUCUACUGCCUAUGUCUAGCAUCUGUGACAAGUGAAGGCUGUGAUAUACUCUCGGCAAUGGGGUGGGAAGGCGUAAGACAAAGUUCAGCUAGUAAUGAAUUGUACACAAGCCAACGUUCAGAAUCCGUUGGCUCACAAUGGAGUUUCGAUUCAUCAUGGACAUCGGCAAACGAGUUUCGAGAUCGAGCUGGUAGUACUCGUGACUCAAUCAGCUUUGAUGACAUUUCAUUGACGCAUAAUGAGGAUAUAAUUAAUACUGCCAAUGCAGUUAGUCAGCCAUCAACGUGGACUUUCACCGAUAUGCGAAAAAUGAUGCGUUAUUAUACAAGCCAGGCUGACGCAUCUGGUUAUGGGACACUGAAACUUCUGAGGCCAAAGCGAGGAUAUAAAUCCAAUGGGGAAGUUCCGCCUGCUGCAACCACUCCCAAUUUACCGCCAUCGAAAGAUGAUACCGAUUGUAUGCCGUCCGUACUCGUCGGCCUUGUGCUUCCCCGUCAUAUUAAUAGUAUCUUUAAUAAGGACUUUCUUGCUCUUGAAAAAGCGCAACCUGCCGCAGCCAAUGAUCUACCAAGGGAGUCAUUUGGAACAGUCCAUAAACAAGAAACGUGUCUUCGGUGUGGCGACUCGUUAAAAGAAGAAGAUGAAUCAAGUAUAGCGAAGUUCUCAAACGAAGUUAUUCCCGAACGAAGCAACACGAGCACAGAAUCAAAGGAAUGCCUAGCAAGUCCUCUUAAAGCCACUCCUCAAGAUCGAGAGCAGGCUCGCAAUGAUUUACUUAGAUACGUGAUAAAUCUAGCUGCCGUCUAUCCAAAUAGCAACAAAGCCGUGGAGCAGUUGUUGCUAUCGAUGAAACAGAAACAGCCGUGGGUGUUCAGUGAUCUCUGCCUCUUCUCCGAUUGUUGUCACCUCAUGCGAAUAUUUCAGCUGCGUCAGCCGUUCCGCAAAUUUCUCCAGGAGCUCUUCAUGGACGUUAACUUCGACGAAUUCAGAACUCGCGCCGAAGUGAUCGUCAAGAAAGCAACUGCCAUUUCCGUAAACGCUAUCAGAGAGACGAUACGUGAAGAUGACGAAGAAGUCAAAGAACUCCAGCGUGAACGUGGCAUAGUCAAUAAAAAUCGAAGCAAUGUAGAGGCCGAACCAAAAGCCAGCCCCCAACAGAAUAGCACCGACAGCAGUUGCAACGAUGAUGAGACAAGGGAAUUGCCAGCGGAAGCCUUGGCACGUAAUAUUAACAGCAACAAUUGGAAAGAACGGCCUCUCAGUAAUGGACAACGAGAAGAAACCGAUAAAUGUGAGACAAACAAGGUUAUCAUAGAGAAGAAAUCGCUACGUAUCCGUUGUGACGAGGGUACCACAAACAAUCGCGGUGACGGCGAGUCAUUGGGAACUGCCUUCGACAGUUCCGACAAGCUAAAAGACGGAAAUAAUGGUAAAACUAAAAGCGUCGCUAUAACAGUGAACUGCUCAGGUGAUGAGGUCGGAGGGAAAGUGCCUGAUCCUGCAACGUCGAGAAAUGAAGCAGCAGGCGAUCAGUAAAUUGUGGAUCUAUUAAACUUAGUAAAUGGAUCGAAUUUGAAAGAGGCCGCUCCAGAUUCAACGAGUACGAGCCAGGGUUCGAGUGCGGCAUUUGAGGAGAAUGGCGAUGUUCAGGGGUCUGCAUUAAACCGGUGGAGACGUGGUCGCCAAAAGAAUUUUGUCGGGUAGAACAGCGAUAUUGAUAAAGUCGACUAAGCAAACCUGGAGGUAGACUCAUGUAGGUUAAUGUAGAAAACAGUUAUCAGCCAGAAGAAAGUUGGUGUGAAAUCAGUAAGCUUAUUAAGAUUAACUUUGAUGUAUGAUUGCUGAUCCUUCUGUGCGAUGAAAUUUGUACCCGUGUGAAAAGCUAAAGACCCUAUCAACAAAAAAACGACAGUAAUUCUAUUAGUCCAAUUAUUCUGACUGUGUAUAUGUGAGCUCGUGUGCAUAUUGCUAAGGUUACUACAGUACCAUUAUGCAUAACAGCCGCACUAGCUACGUUCUAUAAGUAUAUAGAAAUAUAUUUAAAAAAUUAUAGACACAUUUAUUUUUAUGGCUCUCAUAUGUUAAUUGUUACCGCAACAAUGCCAGACGCAAUGCAAGGGACCGUUGCCAACCUUAAUAGCAGAAAAAAAAAGCAACGAAUUACGAACUGCUAAAAAGAUAUAUGCAUGCGUUAAGCCAGCGACAUGACGGCCAUUAUUCCGUGGCCAUCGGUGGUUCGUUAGCAAUUUUUGCCAGUCUCUUGCAAAAUGAAGCACAAAAUGAUGAUGAUGAUGAUCGGGGUGCACUUGUUGUCUUAGCCGGAAUCGCCUUGGUUGAAAAGUUCCAGAUACAGACCUUAUGUAUAAUAGUGUUCGCAAUGUAAUAAUGAGCGGUGUGAAAGUAUGAAAAAAGCUAUUAAUUUUCUGUUCACGUAAAUUUCUAACAUGAUCAUGUCGGGCCAACGAUCAGAGGCAUCAAAAUAGUCGCAUCGUUCACUCGUCUUACCAACAUGACGCGAACCUUCCUACAACUUCACGCUGUAACAUCUCCCCGUGAUACCUUAGUGAGUAAUGUGUUUGCUUGCUAAUAUUAGGAACAUGUUGUAGUCUGGGUUCGAAUUCGGAUAUAGACACGUUUCGUUUCGUGAUGGGAGCCAGUCGUCCGAUGAAAUGUUUAACGGCGAUACCAGGGGAAAGACUCGAAACACAGAGAUGUUGUAACAUGACGACCGCUGCCAAUGCUACGAUACGCGCCAUCAGUGUCGCAUUGCGUAUGCACUGACAUUGGCGGCGUGAUUGGUUAGCGUAUUUUCAAAACGCAACUCGUAAAGGCAAAUUAUAAGAGAUUUUAUUGUUUUAGCAUAACAUUGAUGUCUCAUUAUGAUAAUACGAAUUCUUGCCAAAGAAAUGGGCUGCUACGAUUCCUUUUAUAUAUAUAUAUAUAUAUAUAUAUAUAUAUACUUUCCAGCAGUGAAAGUUACGUACUACGCUAUUCAGAGAAAUGUCAUUUAAGUGUGUACAAUGUGAUAACAUUAUGCACGGUGUUACAUGUGCCUGUAAGUGUAUGUGUUGAAUGUGAAUAUUUCAAUGUUUCGGCUGUAUAGCAUCGACGAAGCUAAUAUUGGACAGAUAGAUUUUUAGUUGUACUAUUAUAAUACUAUAGUUGCCACUAAUCAUGAUUUGGAGUCAUUCGUUUGCCGCCAGCAUUUUUACGCGAUUUUUGCACAAUUCUUUUACUUAUUACUAAAC